UAAAUGUGUCUUUACAUGUUUUAUGUUCGGUUUACAUCACAUAGAUGUUGACAAUUUGCACAACAAUUUUGAAAUGUUUGCUGAUAAAAGAAAAUAGUAAAUUUUGAAAUGGCUUAAGAAUAUGAUAAUGAAUUUAGUUUUUACUGUUAAAUUGGAGAUAUUGUGAACAGUUUUCAUUUAGAAAUUGAAUUGUAGAAGAUAUUGAUAUUGUGGAUAUUCUUUUUGUUACUAAUUGUUAGAAAAAUUGUAAUUCAUUUGGAAAAUAAUAUGGCAACAGAAGGAAUUGCUGGGUUUUCCCCAGGAUCUGGGGUUCAACCAAGUAGUGUUAUUGAACUUUCCUUGUCCUGCAGAAACCUGAUAGAUGCAGAUGUCUUCUCAAAGUCAGAUCCUAUGGUUGUUCUAUUCACCAUGGACCAGGGAACAAGGCAGUGGAGAGAAUUUGGUCGCACAGAAGUUAUUUGGAAUAACUUGAAUCCAGACUUUGUUAAGAAGUUUGUGAUGCACUAUUUCUUUGAGCAGAGUCAGAAGCUAAAACUAGAAGUAUAUGAUAUUGAUUCUCCUUCUGCAGACUUAAGUAAACAUGAUUUCCUUGGAAGGAUGGAGUGUACUCUUGGAGAAGUUGUUGCGUCAGGAACUAGAUUUACACGUAGAUUAACGGGACCAAACAUAAACAGGGGUUCAAUUAUAAUAAGUGCUGAGGAGUUAAGUAGCUGUAAGGAACAAGUAAUCAUGCAGUUUUGUGCACACAAACUGGACAAGAAAGAUUUCUUUGGAAAGUCAGAUCCAUUCCUUACAUUUUAUAGAGCCAAUGAGGACGGCAGUUACACUGUUGUACAUAGAACAGAAGUGAUCAAAAAGACAUUAAAUCCCACGUGGAAACCUAUGACAGUUUCUGUUAGAUCACUCUGUAAUGGGGAUUAUGAUAGGUCAAUUAAGAUAGAAUGCCAUGACUGGGAUGCUGAUGGAGGUCAUGAUUUUAUUGGAGAUUUCACAACUACAUUGAGAGAAUUGACAAGAGGGCCUAGUAAUACAAAUGUUUAUGAGUGUAUAAGUUUGAAAAAGAAGAAAAAGAAAGGUGCAAAGUAUACAAACUCUGGAACUGUUGAAUUAAUGAAUAUAAGGAUAGAGAAGGUCUACACUUUCCUUGAUUAUGUCAGAGGAGGCACACAGUUGAACUGUACAUUUGCAAUAGAUUUCACAGCAUCAAAUGGUGACCCAAAAUCCCCAUCAUCUUUACAUUACAUCAGUCCAUAUAGACCAAGUCCAUAUGCCACAGCAUUGAGAUCUGUUGGUGAAAUUAUCAAAGAUUAUGAUUCGGAUCAGUUAUUCCCAGCCCUAGGUUUUGGUGCUAGAUUACCUCCAAAUGGCGUUGUGUCACAUGAAUUUGCCCUAAAUGGUAAUCCCCAGAAUCCCUAUUGUGAAGGUAUAGAAGGUGUAGUAGAGUCUUACCAUAAAGCUAUACAGUCUGUUCAACUAUACGGACCAACAAACUUCGCUCCAUGUAUAAAUCAUGUUGCAAGAUUUGCAGAAGCUAAGAAAAAUGGUGAUGAAUAUUUCAUUCUACUGAUAAUCACAGAUGGUAUUAUAACAGACAUGCCUCAAACAUGUGAAGCUAUUGUCAAUGCAGCAUCUCUUCCAGUCUCUAUCAUCAUUAUUGGGGUAGGGGAUGCUGAUUUUGAAGCAAUGGAAGUAUUAGAUGGGGAUGAUGUGAGAUUGUCAUCAAGAGGAAAAUAUGCCGAGCGAGAUAUUGUUCAGUUUGUCCCAUUCAAGGAGUUUCAGGGUAGACAAGGAGAGAACCCAGCCUCUGUUCAGGCACGUCUUGCAAAGGAGGUGUUAGAGGAAAUACCAGACCAGUUCUUGUCAUAUAUGAAAUCUCGAGGGAUCAAACCUAAACCUCCAUUACAGAGAUCUCUAACAAUAUCAUCUGUACAUUCUCUCCCACCCUCGGAACAGUAGAUAGGUAGUUAUCAUCUGCCAAUUCUCUGCCACAGGUAGUUAUCAUUGGAUUAUUCACUCUGGCCCUCAGAAUAAUAGACAGAUGGUUAUAGAAACCUUAAUUCUAGCCCUCAAAAUAAAAGACAGAUGGUUUUCAUUGGAAGUUUCAUUCUAGCCUUCACAAUGAAAGACAGAUGGCUAUAAUUGGAACAUUCUCUCCCACCCUCAGAACAAAAGACAGAUGGGUUUCAUUGGAAGUUUCAUUCUAGCCCUCACAAUAAAAGACAGAUGGCUAUAACUGGAACAUUCGCUCCCACCUUCAGAACAAAAUACAGAUGGCUGUAAUCUGUAUAUCUAUCGAAAGAUGGCUGACAAGGGCCUUAGAUUAGAACUAAUUUUUUUACAAAUACCAUAUAUGUUGAGUUCAGUCAAGUUCUUCCAAUUUAAUUUUUGUAAAGGACCAUUUUUGAUUCACUGUAUUAUUACAUUUUUGUGUGUCAAUGAAGAGUUAAGAAAAGUUGUUAAGAAUAAUCAUUGUUUGCAUCAUUACUUUAUCUUUAUGUUGAAGAAGUAAAGAUUUGUAUGUAACUAUACAGAAUUAGUAGACAUUUACUAAUGCAAUUUUAUGUUUUUGUUCUGUGCAAUUUUGCCAGUUUAUGGACCUUUCCGGUUUUCCGUAGCGGAACAUUUAGCCACACCUUUGCCAUUCAUUGCUAGGUCAACUGCUGACAAACAGUAUCACAAACAUAACCAUGUGUUCUUUUGUGUAAACCAGGUCAACCAGUGACUCUGUAAUAUCUCAGGGUAGCAAUUGGAUAACAAGCUAGCCAAUUUACAUAAAACUGUAAACACUGAAAAGGUCCAUUAUUAGCAAUUUCAAAAACAUGACAUGAUUUGUUGCAUUCUUGGCUUUGUGUGUAUUAGAUUCUUUA